AUGCAGACAAUAAAACCGUUAGAAAUAAACAACGAUAUGAUAAAAACUCAACCUAAAAAGGCGACAAUAGACGAAGCAACUCGAGUAAACAAUGGAGUAGGAGAUGUUUCUACUGCUUUACCUCGUAUAGUGCCAAUGGUUUUAAAUACUAAAGAACCUAUAGUAUUGCCCUUUGAUGAAGUUCCAGGACCAAAGUCGUUGAAAUAUUUAUCAAUAUGUCGUAACUAUAUAACGGAAAUUGGAACUCAAAUUACUGCUGGUUUUUUAACUUUCGGUCUCAAUAUUGGAACAAUCUUAGCUAAUAGAAGAACUACACGUAGUUUUUCCAAUCUUUUUGAAAAAUACGGUCCCGUGGUACGAUUCGUCAGCCCCGUCGGAAGCGACAUCGUGCUCAUCAACCACCCUGACCACAUCCAGAAAGUGUUCAGCAUGGAAGGAGAAUAUCCUGUUAGAUCGACGUUGCAAUCGCUAGAGAAAUAUCGAACUGAACACAAAAACCAUAUUUUUGGUGGACUUUAUACUGUACAUGGUCAUGAUUGGGUACGACAAAGAUCAGUGAUGUACAAUCCCGCACAUAAUGCGUUCGUCCCACACGCCCAGAACAUUAAUGAUGUGUGCGAAAAGUUCACACAAAAGAUUUACAAUAUAAGAAAUUAUCAGGAUGAAAUAUCGAAGGAUCUACAUAAGGAAAUACAUAAAUGGUCAUUCGAUUGUAUGGGACUAAUAAUGUUCUCAAAGAAUUUCCAACUGUUAGAAACGGAGUUAGUGUAUAGUCAGUGUGACGCGUCAUGGAUGUACCACAGCUUGGAGAAGGCAACUGAUGCAAUCAUUAAAUGUGAAACGGGUAUACACUUUUGGAAGUUCUUUACUACACCAGCUUGGUAUUCUCUGGUCAAGUAUUGUGACAAUCUGGACAACCUUAUUGGAAAAUAUAUUUUGGAUAUAGAACAAGAGAUUGCUACGAAGGUCCAGGACGAGCAUAAUAUUAGUCCGAAAUCUCUAACUAGCGCAAUGUUGCUAAGCGAGGAAAAGUUUAAUGCGGAAGAUAUCUCUACAAUUUUGAUGGAUAUGAUGCUCAUUGGCGUCAAUACGAUUACAUCUUCAAUGGCAUUCUUAUUAUAUAACAUCGCGAAACAUCAAAAGAAUCAAAGGUUGCUCUACCAAGAAGUAGGGAACUUGUAUCAAAAUGUAAACGACAUCGAAAAUAUUAAAGAGAAUACUCCGUAUUUACAAGCGUGUAUCAAAGAGACAUUGAGAUUGGUUCCUCCAAUUCCACUGCUGACAAGAAUUCUCUCUAGGAAUAUAACAUUGGAUAAUUACAAUAUUCCACGAGGAACAAUGAUAAUAAUGUCGACACAAGAUACUUCACUCAAAGAAGGUAACUUUGAUGACGCUACAAAGUUCUGCCCUGAGAGAUGGCUGAAGCCUGAGGCUAAGAAUUACCACACAUUUGCUUCAAUACCAUUUGGGUAUGGAGCUAGGAAAUGUGUUGGGCAAAAUGUAGCUGAAACUAUGAUAUCUCUUUUAACAAUUAAGGUAUUACAAAAAUACAGACUUGAGUAUCAUUAUGGUGAUGUGCAGCCGUCACAUGGUUUUAUUACAAGGCCAAAUAGACCAUUAAAAAUAAGAUUUAUUGAUAGAAUGUAA